CGCCUCUCGCUUCAUGUACCGUAAAGCGUCGCUGAGGGGGAGGACGCAGGGAUUGGGGGGGUGCAUAAAUAACGGAGACAAAGCACAUCCUACCCACUAUUUAUGGAUUACAAUCUGCUAAUCCUGUCCGGCGAGAUUUGAGAAUCUACAUUUUACGAUUGCAGGGCGAAAUGGUAGGCCUGAAACCCUCAGACGUGCCCCCUCCCCUCGGGGUCAAGAUGGCCAGCGCGGGGGCGGCGGCUUGCAUCGCCGACAUCGUCACCUUCCCUCUGGACACUGCUAAAGUCCGACUUCAGAUCCAAGGUGAGAAGAAGGUGGCGGCGGCGGAAGCCAAGGCCAUUCGCUACAGAGGCGUGUUCGGGACCAUCAGUACCAUGAUACGCACCGAGGGCCCGCGCUCGCUCUACAACGGGCUGGUGGCGGGACUGCAGAGACAGGUGUGCUUUGCCUCGGUCCGAAUCGGCCUCUACGACAACGUCAGGGAUUUCUACACCGGAGGAGCGGAAAACGCGGGAGUGUUGAUGCGCAUCCUGGCCGGCUGCACGACGGGCGCCAUGGCGGUGUCUUUCGCGCAACCCACCGACGUAGUGAAGGUUCGAUUCCAGGCUCAGAUGAACCUAGACGGCGUGGCGCGGCGCUACAGCGGAACCAUGCAAGCCUACAGACACAUCUUUCGCAACGAAGGACUGCGAGGACUCUGGAAAGGAACGUUGCCUAACAUCACGAGGAACGCGUUGGUCAACUGCACUGAGCUAGUGACGUACGACCUCAUCAAAGAAGCCAUCCUGCGACACAAGCUCAUGUCAGACAACCUGCCGUGUCACUUUGUGUCGGCCUUCGGCGCCGGCUUCGUCACUACGGUGAUCGCCUCUCCGGUGGACGUGGUGAAGACCAGGUACAUGAACUCGCCGCCGGGUCAGUACCGCAGCGCUAUCAACUGCGCGUGGACCAUGUUGACCAAAGAGGGGCCCACAGCUUUCUACAAGGGCUUUGUGCCGUCCUUCCUGAGACUCGGCUCGUGGAACGUCGUCAUGUUCGUCUCCUUCGAACAAAUCAAGCGCGCCAUGAUGGUGACCAAGAAGCGCUUUGAGACGUCCAACUGAACCUGAACGCAACGGACAAGACAUUUAAGUACACUCAGGAACCCUCAGCGGAAAAAUACUGGGAAAACCUAAUAAUUUAUUGACUAUUUAUAAAUAAGUGAACGUAAAAAUACAAUUUUAUAAUUAAUAUAUUUUUCAAAUUAAAUCCAAGUGGAAUAAAAUCACUUAUUGAAUACAUUUGAAAUAAAUACAAUUCAAAAUGCAAUCAAAGACAAGUAAUAUCCUUUAAAAAAUAUCUUUAAGAAAACAGUUAUCAUGAGUACAAUGCAAUACAACGGUGCCUUACGAGCGUAAUCCUUUCCCAGACUACGCUCUUAACUCAAAACACACCAACAAAAAAAUGUUAUCAACACAUUUUUAAUAGGAAAACUAGCACUCGACAGUAUUAUACUUCUUAAAAACAUACAGGAACAACAUUCAAUAGAAUGUGAAAAAAAAAAUAAUUCAAGACUUCAUGCUAAUGUGCACUGACAUUGCGCUGCUCCUUCUGGUGUUCACUCUUUCGCCACCAGAGGCAGCGUAGUCUAUUAACUCUUUUAGCGGCAUUCACGAUGAUAGACAUCCAAUCAGGUUCGUCUCUAGUAGACGUUCAAACAGACUGGACGUCUACCAUCGUCAAUGGCAUGUGAGUUAAUAACUACACAAGGACGGUCUCUUAAUGAAACUCAGCUGCGAUCUGAUGAAUUAAAACACAGCUGUGUUUAAUUCCUCUAAUUACUUACAUGAACAACAGUAUUUUUCACCUGUGAUAACGUUAAGUUUAACGAAUGUGUCAUGUGAGUAUACUAAAGGUGUUAGAAUGUGUUUGCACUUUUAUAAGAUGUCCAAAUCUGCCUGUCGAAUGUAAAAGCUGUAUAUCUGAAUGCAAGAUAUAAAUACUGUUGACUUCUUUUACA